UCGACCCAUCAUCCCCUUUCUUUCCUCUAUUUUCACUUCACCAUUAUCACUUCGUAGUCUCUCUCUCUCUUCUCCGAAGCUAACACAACACCCAAACCCACAAACAAAUUCUUUUUUUCAUCUUUCGAUCAAAGAUUUCAUUUUUUAAACUGGGAUUCUUUUUCUUUCUUAUAUUACUGAAAGUCAUUAAAGAUCAAGAAAGAUGGUGGAUGUUGAUCGGAGAAUGACUGGCUUAAACCCUGCACAUCUCGCUGGUCUCCGUCGCCUUUCCGCCAGAGCCGCCGCAUCAUCACCCUCAACCCCACUCCCAGCUCGUAACAGUCUCAUCUCCUUCACUUCCCUCGCCGAUAAAGUAUUAACCCAUCUCAAAAGCUCCGGUGUAAUUGUUCAACAUGGAUUAUCAGAUAAGGAAUUUGCGAGGGCUGAAGCCGAAUUUGGGUUUGCAUUUCCGCCGGACCUUAAAGCUGUUCUUUCAGCCGGUUUGCCGGUGGGUCCUGGUUUUCCAGAUUGGCGGUCUACUGGAUCAGCUCGACAACAGCUACGCGCCACCCUAGACCUACCAAUCGCCGCCAUCUCUUUUCACAUCGCGAGGAACGCUUUAUGGUCGAAGUCAUGGGGUGUACGGCCGUCGGAGCCGGAAAAAGCCAUGAAGAUAGCGAGGAACGCUUUGAGACGGGCGCCGCUUCUUGUACCAGUUUUUAAUCACUGCUACAUUCCGUGUAAUCCGUCGUUGGCCGGAAACCCCAUUUUUUACGUCGAUGAAAACCAGAUUUUUUGCUGUGGAUUUGAUCUUUCGGAUUUCUUCGACCGGGAAAAAUCAACGUUGUUCACAAAGUCCGAUUUACAUAAAGUAAUGAAACAGCGUUCUGUAAACGAAAAAUCUACCGGAAUGUUAUCGAAUAUUUCUCGAAGGAGUCUAGACGCGGUUGCCGGAGGUAAAACUCCGAGAUGGAUCGAGUUUUGGAGCGACGCCGCCGUCGACCGCCGGAAGAGAAACUCAAACUCAUACUCAAAUUCAUCUUCUUCAUCAUCCUCUUCCCCUGACAGAUACUUUGAAAUCCAAAGAUCUGGAAUCCCGAAAUGGGUGGACACAUAUGUACAGGAGAUCGGCUCUGUUUUAAAAGACGGUGGAUGGGCUGAUUCCGACGUGUCGGAGAUCGUCGACGUUUCUUCUUCCGGCUUCUUCGACGGCGAGAUGGUGUUACUAGACAACCAAGCCGUUCUCGACGCUCUUCUUCUUAAAGCAAAUCGGUUAUCGGAAUCUCUCCAGAAAGCUGGAUGGAGCUCCGAAGAGGUCUCCGACGCCUUCGGAUUCGAUUUCCGAAAGGUAAAAGAACGUAAACCGGCGAAGAAAAUAUCACCGGAGCUUGUGGAAAAGAUCGGAAAACUUGCUGAUUCUGUUUCAAAAUUUUGACGGAGUCACCGCCGGAGUUACCGGUAACGGACAGAAAAUUAGAUUCUCCGUUUUUUUUUUUUUUUUUUUUUUUUUUUUUUUUAAAUAUACAUUAAUGCGAAAUGUAUAAUAAAUUUCGUAUAAAGAAAAAAAAAUUAUUACUGUGUACUACUAAUUUUUUAAUUGUUCAAUCCACCCAUACUUACUAUGUCAUUAUACGUGAAAUAAAAUAUAGAUAUCAAAUAAAUCGUACUUGUACUUUACUACUUAUUUUAAGUAACGCUCUUUAUAAUCAAAUUUUCUGUCUUUCAAACAUUAAUGUAAUAAUGACUUUUGUAUAUAAUAUACGCAUUAUAAUUUAUUAUUGUUUUGCUAUUUAUUAGUGACAAUAAUUUAUGCCAAGAAGGAAGUCGUAAUGCGUGAAUAUGUGAUAUAAAUUUGUUUAAAAAUUUAAUAAAAUAUUGAAAUAUAUUUAUACUAAUGAAGGAAUGCACGUGUGGGGGGCCUUUUCUUGAACGAAAAGACGUUAUUGGGUUUCUUCCAACGUAUGGAAAUCGAAAAAAGCAAACAGUGGGAACAACCGCAACGAUGUCGUUUAAUUAUGAUGUUGCUUUGGAACCUGUGACAUUUUGACGGAAAAAGCAAAGUGUGAUCUUGGGGGUGGGUUGUGUGUUUACACUUAAUGCACACCUCAACUCUUUGCUUUUUUUAACUUAUAACCACUUAAAUUAAAUUUGCUUUAUUUGUUGUUGUUUGUGUGUUGUGUGUAAGGGGUAGGGGACCUUAUUUCAGGUGGUGUGUGUGCUAUUGAAAAAGUUCAUUGUUUGGGCAGUUUAACUUUGAAAAUCGGAAAACAAUCUAUUUGGGUCUACUUGGGACCAUGUAAUCUUUCUCGAUGACAAACAAUGUGGUUUUGUAGCCAAGUUUUUACUUGAAAUGAAUUGUUCAAUUCAAUGAUC